UUUGAUAUUGAAAACUUAAAAUUGUUGCUUUUAUUAACUAUUCACGCAAUUACUUCAGUCAAUCGAGACUUGUGUUGGAACUUAAUUGGGGUGUUGAAUAGAGCAGUAAUUAAGUGGGAUAUGUAUACUUCAAAAGAUUUACUUCAGCAAAGAAUUGUCUGGACAAUUCAUAAUCUCGACAAGGAAAUUAGCUUGCUACUAAAGAAACCAUCCCAGUUUCCAAGUUAUGAAUAUUUACAAGUGGAAUAUCCUCUCACUAUCAAGUUGUACGAAGAAGAGAGUUUACCCUUGGUUAAUAAGAAUAUCGAAUUGUCUAAAUUGAAACAAACUAUUCUUCAUUUGAACUUAACCCAAAGCAAAUCUGAUCUUCAUGAAUUAUCGGGUGAACUUGAGAAAUGGAGAAUCAGUUCCAGCAAAGUUAUACAUCAAUCCAGCGAUAUUUCUGAUUUGAUAUCUUGGAUCAAUAUGCAAUAUUAUUAUCUACUUAUUGAAUUAGAUCAAGUGUCCGACAGUCAAUCAUUUCAAUUCACAUUGCAAUAUUUGUCUAAUUCAUUUACAUUAUUAAUAUCCAGUUCUGACAGACAAAAAUCAAAUACGAAACUUUCAAUUACGUCGAAUUUAUUUUG